AUGGUCCUGCCAUGCCUCGUGUCCGCUCACGUCCCUGUCCUCUGUCCAGUCUCGUCUCCACGGCGGCUGCGGGUCAAACUGCUGAGCCCGGACCAGCUGCUGGUGUCCUGGAAGGAACCCCGGGGAGACUUCGACAGCUACAGGGUCUCCUACAGCACCCGGCCAGGCGGACAGCAGGCGGUGGUCCCGGUGCCGAAGCAGGACCCCCGGCUGGUGAUCGACGGCUACGACCCGUCCCGGGACUACGACUUCCAAGUCGUGGCUCUGAGUGGCGGGCGGGAGAGCAAGGCCCUGCAGGCCCGGCACCGAGCUCAGCAGUCCAGUCCUGCAGCGGCUCAGUCUCAAGGACAGAGCGGAGACGUCACCGAGGACAAUGAGAUCUCAGAAGCGGAGGACGGGUUCACGUGCCGGACCCCCGCCAUCGCCGACAUCGUCAUCCUGGUGGACGGGUCCUGGAGCAUCGGCCGCAUCAACUUCCGGCUGGUCCGGACCUUCCUGGAGAACCUGGUCCGGGCGUUCUCCGUGGAGUUCGACCGGACACGGAUCGGCCUGGCCCAGUACAGCGGGGACCCCCGGGUGGAGUGGAACCUGAACGCCCACAGCACCAAGGAGGCCGUGAUCGAGGCCGUGAAGAACCUGCCCUACAAGGGGGGCAACACGCUGACGGGUCUGGCUCUGACCUUCAUCCUGGAGAACAGCUUCAAGCCCGAGUCCGGUUCCCGGCCCGGCGUUCCCAAGAUCGGGAUCCUGAUCACCGACGGAAAGUCUCAGGACGAUGUCAUCCCUCCGGCGCAGAACCUGAAGGACGCCGGGAUCGAGCUGUUCGCCAUCGGAGUGAAGAACGCCGAUGAGAACGAGCUGAGGGCGAUCGCCUCGCCGCCGGAGGAGACGCACGUCUACAACGUGGCGGACUUCAGCGUGAUGAGCGACAUCGUGGAGGGGCUGACCCGGACGGUCUGCGAGCGGGUGGAGCAGCUGGACCUUCAGAUCAAAGGCGGAGGGGAACCCGCGGCCCCGCCCUCCUCCGUGGCUCCGCCCCGUGACCUCCUGACCUCAGAGGUCACGGCUCGGAGCUUCCGGGUCUCCUGGACUCCGGCGCCGGGCCAGGUGGAGAAGUACCGGGUGGUGUACUACCCCGCCAGCGGGGGACAGCCGGAGGAGAAGGUUGUCCCCGGGUCUCAGAGCAGUGUGGAGCUGAACUACCUGAACUCCCUGACGGAGUACCAGGUGGCCGUGUUCGCCGUGUACCGCAGCUCCGCCAGCGAAGCCCUGAGGGGCAGCGCCACCACCCUGGCCCUGCCCAUGGUGAACGACCUGGACCUGUUCGAUAUCACUCACAGCACCAUGAGGGUCCGCUGGAACUCGGCCGCCGGGGCUUCUGGGUACAUGAUCCUGUACGCCCCGCUGACUGAGGGAGACCCUGCGGACGAGAAGGAGGUGAAGGUGGCUGACUCGGUGAACCAGGUGGAGCUGGAGGGUCUGACUCCUGCCACUGAGUACACGGUGACGGUCUACGCUCUGUAUGGAGAGGAGGCCAGCGACCCCAUGACCAGCCAGCAGACCACGUUGCCGCUGCUGCCUGCCACCAACCUGCAGUUCUCGGCCGUGGACCACAGCUCGGCCCGCAUCGCCUGGGAGUCGCCGUCCAGGAAGGUCAAAGGUUACCGGGUCAUGUACGUCAAGACUAGAGGAGUCCAGACCAACGAGGUGGACGUCGGCAGGGUGACGUCCUUCCUGCUGAAGAACCUGACGUCCCUGACGGAGUACACCGUCGGCGUCUUCGCCAUCUACGACGAGGGACAGGCGGACGCCGUGACGGACAGCUUCACCACCGCCACCGUCCCGGACCCCCUGAACAUGAGGACCAGUCAGAUCUCUGCAGAGAGCUUCAGGGUCUCCUGGGACCGUCCGGCGGACGACGUGGUUCUGUACCGGCUCAUCUGGACCCCCACUGAGGGGGGGGACACCCAGGAGACCCUGGUGGACGGGAACCUGGACUCUCAGCUGAUCUCGGGUCUCAGUCCGUCCACCGAGUACGAGGUUCUGCUGGCGGCGGUCUACGGUAACCAGGUGGAGAGUGACGAGGUUCUGCUGACGGAGACCACCGCUGAGAGAACGACCACCGUCGCCACGACGACGACCACCAGAGCCGCCCCGCGGCCCGGCGUGAGGGACCUGCGGGUGGACGAAGAGACGACCUUCAGCAUGCGGGUGUCCUGGCGACCCGCCGACCCCGCCGACCUCCUCGGAUACCGGCUGAGCUACGUCAGCGCCAGAGGAGACCGGGCGGAGGAGACGAUGUCGGUUCCCAGCAGUCAGAGCAGUGCGGUUCUCCAGCCGCUGCUCUCCGACACUCAGUACCGGAUCUCCGUCACGCCGCAGUACCGGAACGGAGACGGACCGGCGGCCGCUCAGUCCGGAAGAACCCUCCCCCUCUCAGCUCCCAGGAACCUGCGGGUAUCAGAGGAGUGGUUUAACCGGUUCCGGAUCAGCUGGGACGUCCCUCCGUCUCCCACCAUGGGUUACCGGGUCGUCUACCAGCCACUGAACGCGCCCGGCCCGGCCCUGGAGACCUUCGUAGGCGAAGACGUGAACACCAUGCUGAUCGUCAACCUGCUGAGCGGCACCGAGUACAGCGUCAAGGUCAUCGCGUCCUACACCACCGGCUCCAGCGAGGCGCUGGCCGGCCGCGCCCGCACCCUGUUCCUGGGCGUCAGCGGCCUGAGCUCCUACCAGCUGGAGGCCGCCGGGUUCUGCAGCCGCUGGCAGCCGCACCGCCACGCCGCCAGCUACCGGGUCCUGCUGCAGGCGCUCAGCGGCGGUCAGAAGCAGGAGACUCAGCUCCCGGGUUCCUCCAGCAGGUUCUGCUUCAAGAACCUGAAACCCGACACCAAGUAUAAAGUCAGUGUCUUCAGUCAGCUGCAGGACGGAACCGAGGGACCGGCUGUGAGCAUCACCGAGAGGACAUUACCCGUCCCCACCCCGGAGCCCACCAAGCCGCCCUCCACCACACCGCUGCCCACCAUCCCCCCCGCGAAGGAAGUCUGCAAAGCGGCCAAAGCCGACCUGGUCUUCCUGGUCGACGGUUCCUGGAGCAUCGGCGACGACAACUUCCUGAAGAUCAUCCGCUUCCUGUACAGCACGGCCGGCGCCCUGGACCGGAUCGGGCCGGAUGGCACGCAGGUGGCCAUCGCCCAGUUCAGUGACGACACUCGCACCGAGUUCCAGCUGAACUCCUACGACGACAAGGAGCGCCUCCUGGAGGCCAUCAGCCGCAUCGCCUACAAGGGGGGCAACACCAAGACCGGCGGAGCCAUCGCUCAUGUGAAGGAGAACAUCUUCACGGCGGAGGGCGGAGUCAGGAAGGGGGUCCCCAACGUUCUGGUGGUUCUGACUGACGGGCGCUCGCAGGACGACGUCACCCGAGUCUCCAAAGACCUGCAGAUGGAAGGUUUCAUCGUGUUCGCCAUCGGCUUCGCCGACGCCGACUACGCCGAGCUGGUGAGCAUCGCCAGCAAGCCCAGCGAGAGACACGUCUUCUUCGUGGACGACCUGGACGCCUUCAAGAAGAUCGAGGAGAAGCUGGUGACCUUCGUGUGCGAAGCCGCGACCGCCACUUGCCCGCUGGUUCCGAUGGGUGGGAGUUCGACUCCAGGGUUCCGGAUGAUGGAGCUGUUCGGGCUGGUGGAGAACCAGUACAGCAGCGUCUCCGGAGUGUCCCUGGUCCCCGGAACCUUCAAUGCGUUCCCCAGCUUCCUGCUGCACGGCGACGCCCUGCUGGCCCAGCCCACCAGGUUCCUGCACCCCGAGGGGCUGCCGUCGGACUACACCGUCACGCUGCUGUUCCGCCUGCUGCCCGACACGCCGCCGGAACCCUUCGCCCUCUGGGAGAUCCUGGACCAGCAGAGGGAGCCGCUGGUGGGAGUCAUCCUGGACAACGGAGGGAAAACUCUGACCUUCUUCAACAACGACUACAGAGGAGAGUUCCAGACCGUGACCUUCGACGGGCCCGGGGUCAAGAAGCUUUUCUACGGAAACUUCCACAAGCUUCACAUCGCGGUCAGGAAGACGGACGUCCGCGUCCUGGUGGACUGCCAGCUGGAGGCGGAGAAGAAGAUCAACGCAGCCGGAAACAUCACGGUGGACGGAGUGGAGGUCCUCGGGAGGACGGUCCGGUCCAGGGCCAACAAGGACAACUCCGCCCCGUUCCAGCUCCAGAUGUUUGACAUCGUCUGCAGUCCGUCCUGGGCCGAAAGAGACAAAUGCUGUGAGCUUCCUGGUCUGAGGAAGGAGCUGGACUGUCCUGCUCUGCCCAGAGCCUGCAGCUGCACCCAGGACAGCAAAGGCCCCCCGGGCCCCGCCGGAGCUCCAGGCGGUCCAGGAAUCAGAGGAUCCCGAGGAGAUCGUGGAGAGCCCGGUCCAGUGGGCCCCACAGGUCCCGUUGGUGACAGCGGCGUUCCGGGUCCUCAGGGGCCUCCAGGACCGCAGGGACCCAGUGGACGCUCCAUCAUCGGACCACCGGGCGGUCCUGGAGAACGAGGACAGAAAGGAGAAGCCGGACAGCCAGGAGCUCAGGGAGUUCCGGGUCGACCGGGAGCAGCAGGGAGGGACGGACCCCCGGGACCCAGGGGACUGACGGGCAAAGACGGACCUGCAGGCCGGCAGGGACCCCCAGGAACCAUCGGAACCCCGGGAGCUCCUGGAGCCCCCGGUAACCCGGGUUCUCCAGGCAAACAAGGAGAACUGGGCCCACCGGGUCUUCCUGGGACUAAAGGAGAGAGAGGAGAACGGGGAGACCUCCAGUCCACAGCCUCGGUCCAGGCCAUCGCCCGGCAGGUCUGUGAGCAGCUGAUCCAGAGCCACAUGUCGCGGUACAGCGCCGUCCUGAACCAGGUCCCCAGCCCCCCCGUGUCCAUCCGCACUGUGCCCGGACCCCCCGGAGAACCCGGAAGACCCGGGAACCAGGGCCCCCAGGGGGAGCAGGGCCCGCCGGGCCGACCCGGGUUCCCCGGACAGAACGGACAGAACGGGCAGCCCGGAGAGCGAGGUCAACCGGGAGAGAAGGGGGAGAAGGGUUCUCAGGGAGUCGGGGUCCAGGGCCCUCGAGGACCGUCAGGACCUCCAGGUGCCCCGGGUCAGGGCAGACCAGGCAGUCAGGGAACUUCAGGUCGUCCAGGGAACCCUGGACCUCCGGGUCGGCCCGGAGUGCCUGGCCCUGUGGGCCCGACUGGACCCCCCGGGUACUGCGACCAGAACUCCUGUGUGGGCUACAACGUUGGAGUCCAACUGCCGCCCAACGUCUUCCAGAACUACGGCGAGGCGGAGGAGGACGACCCGUACCGCUUCUACCAGCCCAACUACCCGGCGCCGCGGCCCGUUUCCCCCGACGACCCGGCACUGGACGACGUGGAGCUCCGGUCCCCCGGCGUCCACCGCAGCGCCCGGGACACCGCCGAGGGCCGCGAGGGGGGCGGGGCCACCCGGACACUCACUGAGAGCUGAUUGGAGGACGGAGAGACUCCCGACCCAUCAACCGGUGGAUCCAGCGAUCGGUCAGUCGGAUGAUCCAUCGAUCGGUUGAUCCAUUGACCUUUCAAUCAGUUGAUCAUUUGAUCGGCCUAUUUAUCAGUCGGUCGAUCCAUUGAUCGGUUGAUUGAUUGAUCUUCCGAUGGGUCGACCAGUCGAUCGGUCAGUCUGCUGAUCGCUGCUUCUGGCGGCCUCGCUCAUCCACUACCUGAUCUGUUUCUCCUGGACUCUGUAAGGGGGGCGGGGUCUUUUGUCAAGAAUGUGAUCCAGAACCUGGUCUCAGAACAUGGAGAUCCGUCUCACUGUGGAGACUCUUCCAGCGCUAGAACCAAUAAACCGGGUUCUCUGUAGAAAGCAUGGAACAGAACUCGGCUUCCACCGUCACGUGAGCUCCGAGACUCAAACCGGUCCCAUGAUCCAUUUACUAGACCUGAUCCUGCCUUUCAUCUGGACAGAACCGGUCCGGUCCAGUUUCCGGGUCUUCAUCAGGUCCAUGUGAGUCUCUGAGCGUCACGCUGGCGCAGGACUGGGAUCCUCUCCACUUCCUGUUCUCUGCAGCUCCGCCUCCUCCAUUAUUUAUGUCGUGUUUUGCAUGUUUUCUCUUCAUUUAGCUCAUCGUGAUGUAUCACUUCCUCAUAACCUCGUAGACAUUUUAGCAUUUCCUAUCCAGAGUUUUUAUUUUUAUCGUGCAGUUAUUGUCGCAGCGCUAACUGCAGAGAAGGCAGGUUUAAUGUCUAUAUAAAGUGUAUAAAAGGGAAGUCCAGAGUUGAUGGUUUGAAGCCUUUGUUUCCUUCAAGCCCGGUCUGUUAUUUAAAGCUUCCGUCUGUAGGGUUCGCUGUACCGGCGCCGCGCUCUGGGUGGCAGCAGUGAGAAUCUUCUUCUCACUCUGAAGGAAACGUGGUGCUGCGACUCGCUGCACCACCUGGUGGCGUGAAGCGGUACUGCAGCUCACGUCGGGCUACGAUUAGCAGUUAGCUUCUUAACUUCAUCUCAUUAGUUGAAGUUCUUAGUAAAAACGUUAGCUUCAGCGUUAUUUUCUAAAGCGCUCUUUAUUCCAUUAGACUCCAGUUUACUGCACUGAAUCACCUGCAGGUGGAAACGUGGAUGGUUAGCAGAAUUAGCAGCCUGUAGCGCCACCUGCUGCCGAAGUGUUCCUGAUAUUAGCAUUAGGAUGAGGUGAAGCUGUUCACAGUCAAGAGCUCCAUAUGCUAAUGCUAACACAGAAGCUAAUCAGGACAUUGAUCUACAGAGCUGAUCCAUACUGUUAUCUUUAGCAUUAGCGAUCUGUACAAACUCAGGAAACAACUGAAGUAGCAUUAGCAUUAGUCUGUAGACACCGUCGCCCUGAUUAGCAUUAGUAACGCUGAAGCUGUAGAUGUUUUCAGGAAAUUCUAAUGCUAACGCUAACUUUGCUCAGUGGGCUGAUCAUCAUAGCUGAAAAUAGCCGUUAGCAUUAGCAUGUAUCACAAAGGCCGAUGUUCGGUUCUCCUGUUCUGGUCUUCAGACGGAGCUUCAGGCUGUCAACUCAACACAGCUCCUCCAAAAUAAAAGUCUUGACAGUAAUCCAUUAGGUCAUUUAAUCUUUACUUGGCAUUGAUUUUCUGCGAACAAUAAAACUGAAGAAGGACCUCGA